AUGUUUCGCUAGGGCCGCCAUUUUGAAUUUAAUUUCACAUCGACUAUUCUCCGGACGUUCUGAAUGUAGAGGAUCAAGAGAUAUUUAAGGAAGAACAAAUUGCGGAACUAUGACCACAGCAGCAAGACCGACCUGGGACACCGCAAAGGGUGGCCGAGGAAAAGGAGAGGGUGACCUCUCGGCAUUAUCAAAGCAGUAUUCGAGUCGGGAUUUACCAUCACACACAAAACUAAAACACAGGCAAACAGGUCAAGACACUGUUGAAGAGGUCCGCAGCAGAGACUUCCGCAAAGAUUUGGAAGAGAAUGAACGUCAAGCAGCACGUGAGCGUGUUAAGGAGAAAGGAAUCAAAUCAGCAGUUGAACAACCAAAGAAACCUCGACUUGAUCAACCACCUCCCUCAAAUCUAGAUGCAGAUGAUCCAGUUGAUGACGAUGAUGACGAUGAUGACGAUGAAAGUGAUGAUGAAGAUGACACAGCAGAACUUCUCGCUGAGCUGCAAAGAAUAAAAAAAGAAAGAGCCCAAGAGGAAGCCAAAAAGGAGAGAGAAAAGAAAGAAGAAGAGGAAAAAAUAAGAAUGGAAAAUAUUAUGACUGGAAAUCCCUUACUCAACACACAAAACAAUUUCAAAGUGAAGAGAAGAUGGGAUGAUGAUGUUGUAUUCAAGAAUUGUGCCAAAGGAGAGGAUGGAAAAAAGAAGGAACAACACUUCAUCAAUGACACCUUACGUUCAGAAUUCCACAAGAAGUUCAUGCAAAAAUAUGUUAAAUAAUGAAAAGAUUUGACUGCUGUCUAGACAACUCUGCAUGCAGGCAUCCUAUUCUGGUCAUAGUAGAAUGAUGUGUAGCAACCCUUAUUAGAGAGAACUUUGCUUUCCAAGAACUGAGAAUGCUUUUAUUGCAACCAGGGAAACUUGGGUUCAUUGAUCUCUGAUAUAUGUUCCAGUUCACAUCUUAAGAUGGUUUCAUCUAACAUCCCCACAUGGAAGGAGAAUAUAUCCACUUGUGACAUGUCUGCUUGGGAUAUUUGAUUGAUUAUAAAACAAACCAUUUUUGAAAGUGUGGUGAAUUGUUUUGCUGGAGCCUUUUUUUUUUGCUUUCACCUGUGUCUUAACAAAAUAUAGAGCAAUUUCCAAUGAGUGUCAAAAGUAAUUUGAGAUUGCUUAAGUUUUACUUUGCUUUGGUGCAUGAUCAGUCUGUAAAACUUGCACCAUGCUAAAAUCCUUGAGUCCUAAUCGGCCAAUGACAAUGGAAAACUGUUAUGAUUAGCUGUUGUGAUUGGUUUGGUUCUACUACAGUCAUUCAAUAACUGCUCUCACAAGGGGCCUGAAAAACAUAGCAGUGCAAAUGUGAGAAUAUGCAACCUUUUUGUAAUUCUGUAGUUAAUGUUGAAAUAUAGUGGUUUUUGUACUUAGAGUAGUUCUCUCUUUUACCCCCCUUUGUGUGAGUUAUCAUCUACUCCAGUUAAUCUAUUCUAUAAUCUCUUCUUUCUUAAACAAACCUGAAGGAUUUAAAUUCCAUUGAAAUAAAAGUAUCUUUUGUUGA